AAAGGACACCUAAAAGCUAAAACCCUCAAAACGACAUUCUAAACCCUUUCUAACUUGUUCAACAAUCACAAAAAGUAAGAAAAUAAAAAAAUCAAAAUUCAAGAUCUGCGUGGUUUUGAAUCUCACUCACACUAUGAGAAGAGCUUCCUCCGUUUUACUCUACAGAACCCUCGCCGCGGCACGCGACGGCUCCGCCACCUCCAUCGCCCUCCCUAACCGUUUUCUGCAAUCCACUUUCUACGGCACCACCGCCGGCUCAUCUCCAUCUCGCCGCCGUUUGUUUUCUUCCGCCAUCGCCGUUGCCGCCGGAACAUCUCUCGGUGUCACCGGUGCGUUGUUCGCUGCUUCGUCUCUCUCUCAGGAAGUGCUCGCUAAGGAACCUCCUCCGUCUGAUGCUUUGCCAAAUGAAGUCGUUCUUUACCAGUAUGAGGCUUGUCCGUUCUGUAACAAAGUGAAAGCAUUUUUGGAUUACUAUGACAUACCAUACAAAGUUGUGGAGGUCAAUCCGCUUAGCAAGAAAGAAAUCAAAUGGUCUGAAUAUAAGAAGGUUCCAAUAAUAAUGAUAGAUGGCGAGCAGCUAAAUGACUCAUCAGCUAUAAUUGACAAGCUUGGAGAGAAGAUCCUGUCUAAGAAAAAGGCAGAUUCAACCUCUGAGGAUGAGGUCGACGAAGAGACCAAAUGGAGGCGGUGGGUUGAUAAUCAUCUGGUACACGUUCUGUCACCUAAUAUAUACCGAAAUACCUCUGAAGCUCUUGAGUCCUUUGACUAUAUCACGUCCAAUGGCAAUUUUAGCUAUAUGGAAAAAAUUUCGGUGAAGUAUGCUGGAGCUGCAGCUAUGUAUUUUGUGUCCAAGAAGCUAAAGAAGAAAUAUAACAUUACCGAUGAGCGUGCUGCUCUCUAUGAGGCAGCAGAAACAUGGGUAGAUGCUCUGAAUGGCCGUGAGUUCCUUGGAGGGUCUAAGCCUAACUUCGCCGAUCUGGCUGUCUUUGGAGUUCUAAGACCCAUACGCUAUUUGAGGUCUGGUAAGGAUAUGGUGGACCACACACGUAUUGGUGAGUGGUACACAAGAAUGGAGAGCGUUGUGGGAGAGCCAUCCAGGAUUAAAGCCUAAAACUAGGAUAUUAUUGAGUCCAAACUCCAUCGAUAUAUUUUUUGCAUCAAUCUUAUUCUACACUCUUUGGGUUUUGCCUUCAGUUGUUGGAAGGAAACACAUUUUGGUUUCUAAGUUAACAACCUAUUUGGCUAUUUAGAAAGAUACUACCAUGCGGUGGUUAUGGGGGUUAAAUAUAGGCGAAGUUUAGCUGAUCAAUUGAUUCUUUACAAAAAUGUUUUAAUACAUGUUGCAGCUACUCCUAUUGUAAAGAUUAAAGAGAUCUUUGAGCUGUAACCAAGAAUAAAGGCAAUAUCUGCGUGCCUGUGAUGUUUAAAACACUGGCUUUGAUCAAAUUAAUACACACAUAAGCACUUGUUUGAGUUAAAUA